CAGUCAAGCGUGUGCUGGGGCCAGGGGGAUGGGGAUGAGGCCUGCUCUGGAUCUCAGGUGACUGUCAUUUUGGGGUCAGUGUGCAGCUCGCCCACCUCCUGGGAGCAUCUCCCACCCCCACCUGGUGUGUGCCUGCCUUCUGGGGACAUUUUGGUAAACUCUCCACAUAGCCAUACAGGAGAGAUGGAGACAGCCCAAGCCGUCCACACGGCCAGCUGACCCCAGGCACACGGGCUGCACAGAGAGGAUGUAGGAGGGUCCAGCAGAAAGUGAAGCCUGGGGCAGACUCAAACGGUCUGGACUUUGAAAUCCCUCUCGACAUACACACGCAGCUCCAUCACCGGAGGGUGGAAGCCUCUUCUCUGAGGUGUGACAGCACAGCUCUGACCAGUUGUGGGCUCAUCAAGCCUGCGGGCACAGUCUUCAACAUGGAAAAGACUGAAAAGUAAAAACUGAGCAGAGACGUUAAGAGCCACGCUCCACAGGUUCCACAGACUUAGUCCAAGCAAGUUAAAUAGACAACAAGGAAAGGGACCUGUAGUAACAAUCCUCAGGGAGGGAAGGCAUCAGAAUCUAGAACUGCUAUGAUAUGUAUACAAAGUGUCCAGUUUUUAGUAUGAGAAUAAAACAUUUUUUUAUUUUGCAAAGGAGUAAAGAAAAAUACUCCUCUUGCACAGGGAAAAGCAGCAGCAGCAGCAGCUGUCCCUGAGAGGCCAGCUGCUCAGACUCCAGAGCAACUACUGGAGAUAUUUCAAGAAUUACAGGAAACAGGAGAGUAUGAUGAUAAUGACACAACAAAUAGAGUCUCAACAAAGAGACAGAAAUUAUUUUAAAAAACAACAGAAAGAAAUCCUGGAGUUGAAAAGCGCAGUCACUGAAAUGACACUUCGUUGGAGGAGCUCAGUGGCUAUUUGUGACGACACAAGAAAGAGUCAGCACUGUUCGUAAGAGUGGAAAACUGGGGGUGGCCACACAUGCAGCCUGGGACCGUCUGAGUGAGUUACGAUGCAUCUAUGCUGGGGUGCCGUGCAGCACGGGGACUCGGCUUGUGCUGACACAGUGACAGGCUGCUGACAAGUCAGCAUAAAACCUGGUAAUUCCAGAACUUAAUUUGAAAAUAACUGCUGUUUUCUUUGUGUGAGUCCCAGAGGGAGAACUCCACUCCCGGACUUGGGUUGAAAACCAGAUGCCUGCCAGCCUAGCCCCCAGGGAGAGCAGACCCCAGUGGGGGUGCAACAGGAGUGAGGGUGUGCUUGGGGCCACCCAGGAACACAGGCGGCUAAGGCAGGUGGGUCUGGGCCCAAUGGAAGCAGGGUCAGCCGUGGGUCAGCUGUCGCACCCUCUCCACGCCCCUCACUGUUGACUUCUCUCUGGCCUUCCCGCUGGGCUGCGAGGCCCCUGACCCAUCCUCCUUCGGUCCCGGGGCCUGCUUUGCUGCCUGGCAGAGGACGUACUCGGCUGAAUCGGGAGCAUGUGCACCAGCUGUACGUGUAUUAAGCAGAUUUCUCUAUGCACCUUCCAUGUGUGAGAUCAAGAACCAGGUCCCAUAAGAACAUGUGUUCAGCUCAAAAACUCAAGAACACAGACUUAACACUGUCUGAGAAGUGUUUUCCUGGCACGUUGCCUUCCGUGUCUCCCCUGCUCGUCUCAGCCAGCAGUGGGCACAGCCGGGCGGUCUCCCCCACAGGCUCCGAUGAGAACAGCGUCCUGCCAAGGACUCGAGGUGGUGUCUGCAACUCGGCCCUCAGGGAGUCUGCUCUAAACACGAAGUGGAAAAUAGUCUUUACUUCACGCCAAAUUAAUUCAUGUUGGAAUGCAUUAAUUAACUUGAACAGGGUGUUCACCUCCCAUGGCCCCACUGUCGUCAUGCCCACCUGGUUCUGCUCUCGAGCGUGGUUUUCCCAUGUGGGCCCCUUUGACGAGGGCGGGCAGGGUGUGCCCGAGGACCUGCUCUUCUUCUACAGCCACCUCAGGAAGGGCGGCGGGGUCGUCCGAGUGGACCAGAGCCUCCUCAUCUACCGCUACCACCCGAAGGCGGCCACACACUCUGUCCUCGAGACCACCAUCUGGACCCACCGUGUCCGCUUUCUGGAAGAACGGGCCCUGCCACACUGGGCUGCCUUCACCAUCUGGAACGCAGGCAGGCAGGGCCGCCGGCUGUAUCGUAGCCUCACGGCAGAGUCACGGCGCAAGGUGGUCGCCUUCUGUGAUGUGGACGAGAACAAGAUCAAGAAGGGCUUCUACUCCUACGAGGACUCAGAGGAAAGGCCCAAGCCUCGGGUUCCAAUCCUGCACUUCCGGGCUGCACGGCCACCCUUUGUCAUCUGCGUGAAGCUGGACCUCACAGGAGGUGCGUUUGAGGACAAUCUGAGGUCACUGCACCUGCAGGAGGGCCGGGACUUCCUUCACUUCAGCUGAUGGACCCGUAGCAGCUGCUGCCAGCCACUGCAGGCCAGACGCGAAGCAGUCCCUCUGCCCUCCUGGAGCCCCACACCUGUCUGUCACCCAGAGGGCAUCUUCCGAGGACCAUCCACGAGUCCGUCGCAUCAGGGGCUCAUUCCUCCCCUUUCUGCACGGCACCCUCAGGGUGAAGGAAUCACAGUUCAUUUAUUCGCUGCCCUCCUGGUGGACACCCAUGUUGUCUCCAGCUCUGGCUGUCACGAAGAAAGCUUCUGUGCAGUCUGGACACGUUAUGGCAGACCUGUGAUUUCAUCCCUCUUGGGAAACACCUAGGGGUACUAUUACCCGGUCUGACUUUAUUAGAGAUGAGGACGUGAACAGAGACGACGUGAGAACAGAGGCUGUGUGGCAGGGUGUCGGCCCAUCACCCGGCAGGCAGAGGCUCGAGGGGGAUGGCUCCCUCUGCUGUGCCUGAUGGAGGCCAUGGGCCUGGGGAAGCUGGGUGGCUGACCAGAAGCGGCCGUCCUCGUGAUUGGUUAGGGGGUACCCUGGCUUUCUCUGGCUGGUCCUAAGUUGGAAGUGGGGCAAGAACUAGAGAAGCUGGCGGUUGUUGACCACAUUCUGGGUGGCUGCCAUGAACUACUGCUUGGUUUCCUGGACUGGCCACUGCAGGCUGUGGGUAGCAGUCCUGUUUUUGUAGAUGGUCUGGUGUUGCCCAUUUGUACCUCCAGUCUCUCAGUCCCAGGAACCCCAAUGGCCCAACUCAGGCUGAGAGAACAAAUCCCAUCAGCCAUGAGGAUCAGCCUGAGUGCGGAGCUUCUCCUUAAAGGCCAUAGGCUGCCCGUUGCCCUCUGCCUGUCUCCUCGAUCCCAAAACAAGAUCAUCAAUACGCUGUAUCCUUUGCAUCAUGACAAGUCCUGCCGCAGUCAGUGCUGCCUGCCUGUGUGGGAACCCCGCUCUGAAGCUCACGUGAACGACCAGCAGUUGCUCGCCUGGUGGAGCGGCCUCACCGUGGAGCUCACGGAGUUGGGAUUUCCAGCGAUGGUGAUUUACAGAAUCCGGUCUGCGUGCAGAGUCGCAGAAGACUCUUCCUGAAGCACAGGAGGUGUUGGUCUAAGGCAGGACGACCAGGUGCUCCAGCCACGGUGCCUGACAAUCUGCUUGUGUGUUUGUUUUUAUACUGCAUGCUAUUAUUGUCCAUCUUUUAAAAUCCUACAUGCUUUAAGAAAUCCGCCCAUUUGGCCAUUCUUCUUUUUGUUUGCAUGGUCACUGUUUAUUCUCUGCUCAGAAUUCCUCCUUGCAUCUGAGUCUGUUCAACUGGGACCGUCUUCCUGCUGCCUGGAGUUUAUCCACUAGAACAGUGGUUCCCAACUGGGGCAGGUUUGCUGCAAGACUGCUGGUGACUAGGAUGUUGCUAGACACCCUAGAACACACAGGACAGUCCCCACAACAAAGAAGUGUUCAACCCCAAAUGUCAGCAGUACCCAGACUGAGAAACUAGCCAUGCACGAGGGGCUUGUGUUGUCUGAAUGUGACUUCAUUCUGCACUUUUUUGAAUGGCAGUUUUCCUACCAGGGUGGUGGUUAUCCUCUCUCGGCACAGUGAAGAUCUACGCUCUCAACUCCGCCGUUGCCGCUGGGACAUGGGCAGUGCUGCGUACUGCCGUGUCGUCUGGCUGUUUGUGCAGUUUCCCUGUGAUGCAUCCCCGUGGGAGCGCCUGCUGGAUCCGCUAGCUCUGCACCUGGGGAUUGUGCCCCCGCGACAAGUACGGGGCGUCUGCACCAUCUCUUUCUGAGAUCCUGUCACUCACAGGCCAGAUUCUCUUUGGUGUCUCUUGACUUUGCUGUCACAUUUUCCAGUUUUUUCCGGAUGAUUUCUUCAGAUUGUCUGGUUCUCCAGUUCUCUCUUCAGCCAUGUCUACUUGGUGGUUUAAUCCAUCCAUUGAGGGUUUUUCUUCUAAUGUCUUCUUGGUAAUUUCUAGUCCUUUUCAAAAAUGAAUUCACUCUAUCUAUUUCCUGUCUGCUAUUUCCAGUAUCCUGUCUCUGGGUCUGGUUCUGUCAGGUCUUGCUCAUGGUGCCUGUGUCCUGUGCGUUUGGGGGACUGUGGGAGCGUGGGCUCAUGCUCUUUUAUUCCCUUCUCCCAGAGGGCUUCCGCUCGCCUCUUCUGCCCGUCUGGGAGCACCCUGCUCAGGGCCAGGCUGAGCAAGUUUUCCAUGUUAGGAGUUUGGCUGACGGCAUAGGCAAUGUGGGUCUCCAGGAGAGGCUCCCUUCCCCAGCACCGGGCAGAGAUGAGAUGGAAGGGUCCUGUGGCCCUUUCUUGGAGGAGGACUUAGUUCUUGUUCACCCUGUUGCUGAGCACGCAGUGUUUAGGGCCCACCUUUACGGGGGUCUCCUGUUAAAUGAAACUUCGUGGUCUGACUUGGGGCUCAGCAGAUGCGGCCCUCAGGGCCUGCGGGCCCCACUCACCUGGAGGGCUUCUGCCUGUCCUGAGUGCUGUGCGCAUGGCGGUCCUGCUUGCUCUCCUUGCCUCUACAAAGGCACUCUGCUCUCUGCUGCCCCUCUGCGGCCCUGUCCAAGGGGCUUCUUGACCACGUCCUCCACAAGACAGCAGCCCAGCACACUGUCCCGCCUGCUGUCUUCCCUCACAGCACUCGUGCUGUUUCCCACAAUCCACAGUAGCUCAUUUGCUAUUUUAUGCUUCCAGCUCUGACCUAAGUCGCGGGAGUCUGGGGCUCCCCACCAAAUCCAUCACUGGGACCCAGGUGGGCUCCAGAAACCGUGGCUGCACGAAGGAGGGUGGCCCAGCCACCAGGCACCUGGUUGGAGCGGGUGGUGACCACUGGGGCCUGAUGUGCUGAGGGCGAGUGGAAGCAGCUGGACCCUAUCUCCCAGCUAGUGGAUGAGUCCAGUUUCCCUUGGGUGGCAAAGCUGGACCAGCAUUAAAAGAGCAUUGAUGGGCCUACGUGGUGAACUGGCCAGUGUCCACGUCUCAAAAGGCCACUUCUCUGCAAUCCUGUGGGGAGGUUUUUUUUUGUUUUUUAAACAUUUGGAAACACUUUUUUAUUUUUUGCUGGGAAAGAUUCGCCCUGAGCUAACAUCCAUUGUGAAUCUUCUUUUGUUUUUCCCUCCCCGAAGCCCCAGUACCUAGUUGUAUAUUCAAGUUGUGAGUCCUAGUUCUUCCAUGUGAGCCGCCACCUCAGCAUGGCAGCUGACGGACGGGUGGUGUGAUUCCAUCACUGGGAACUGGAUCUGGGCUGCUGAAGCAGAGUGCACCGAACUUUAACCACUGGACCACCAGGGCUGGCUCUUGUGUGUGUGUGGUUUUUUUCAAUUACACUAAAAACAGUUCAUUUUGUUGCUUCUCAAAAGCUGCCUGCUUGCUUUUCUGUUGCCAAGGCCCAGAUGCUGCUCUGCGGGCACCGUCUCCGCUGCCCCUGGCAGAUACGAACACAGGACCUUGUGGGGCAGCCCUGCAGAAGAGCCUUCCCACCAGCGUGGCCUCACGUGGCCUGUGGCUUAGCCUGGAUACAGGCCACUGGGCCAUCCAGGACCCUCACCAUGUGACCUCUGCCAGUCAAGUGGUCUGUGGCUAAUCUUUUGUCUAAAGUGGAAAACUUCCUUCUUUUCAAGAGGGAGGCAUGUUUUUAGGCUUAAAUGAAAUAAAGUCAAUCUACAAAGUUACAAUCUCA